AUGUUGCCUUUCAAAAAGACCCCCAAAAAAAUUUUAAUUUUAAAUAACAUCGGUACGCUAUCUCAAGACUUAAAAAUAAAGAUUCGUAAGUUUUUACCAAAUUCGCUUAUAGACUUUGAAGAGAAUGAUAUUCAAUACGAUUUAGUUUUUCUACUAGAUUAUAUUUUUAAGUUUAAUUUACAGUAUUAUAAACCUAUAAGCGUAGCGGAAAUAAUUUUUAAAAGACAAACUUUUGAUUUUAAGAUUUUUGAGGAAGGACUUAGACAUUAUAGCGAUUGUGAGAUUCGUAAUGGUGUAUAA